CGGGUGGCGUGCCGAGUACGGGAGCGCGCACAGUGGGAGUGGGAGGUUCAGCAAGCCGGCAGCGGCGGCCCUUUCAUCAGUGGAGCCGUGUUGCUGGGGCUGGGAGGUUGGUUCUCCCGCUGAGUGGCUGUAGUGUGUCGUAUGAUUCUUUUUGGUGCGGGGCCGUUUUCCUGAGCGUGCGAUCUCUCGGUUUCUCAUCGGCUGCGGAAAGCCCUGUUCCCACCUUCCCUUUUUGCCUUUCGGUGUGUAUUUUAUAACCCUCUUUUGUUUUGCAACCUGCCGCAUCAUGUCGACAUGAUCCGUGCAGAGAACAAUGGCUCUUGUCGGCAUUGCGAAAAGAGCAGUGGCUCUCACUCACCUCGGCCGUAAACACUGACUCUGGGCAAUAAUAGUGCGUAAUUAUUUUUAUUGUUGUUGUCCUGCCAUCAUCCAACAAGACACCAAUAGUGGCAUCGAUUUCUCGUCCUGCUCAUCAUCAUCUAGUCCACCACCAGCCGCCCACCCCCUCUCUUUUAUUCCCACAUCAGGAAGGCUCUCAUUUUAAUCAGGAGGACGAACGCCAACUGUUGGGUGGGUUGUGAGGGAAUUUGUUUGUGCGCUCCCUCUCUCGAAGUAAAGGACCUGUGAAGGCAUUUUAUCUCAAUCGUUUCUGGACACCGAGCUGUGGAAUUUUCUUGCUUUCCUAACGUUAUUCCGGGGAAAAUGGAGGCUGUUAUCGAGAAGGAAUGCAGUGCUCUCGGUGGAUUGUUUCAGACCAUCAUCGGCGACAUGAAGGGGAGCUACCCGAUCUGGGAAGAUUUUAUUAACAAAGCAGGUAAACUGCAGUCCCAACUCAGGACAACAGUGAUGGCUGCUGCUGCCUUUUUGGAUGCAUUUCAGAAAGUGGCAGACAUGGCUACGAACACACGUGAUGCUGCCAAAUAUGCUGAGAUUUUCCAGCAAUUUCUGUUGUCAACACAGAUGACGUGCUGGGGGAGAAAACUUGAGUUGGGUGCAACAAGAGAAAUUGGUUCAGCAUUAACCAGAAUGUGUAUGAGACACAGAAGUAUAGAGUCUAAACUUCGUCAAUUCUCAGUAGCUCUGAUCGAUUGCCUGAUAAAUCCACUUCAGGAUCAAAUGGAAGAAUGGAAGAAAGUGGCCAACCAGCUGGAUAAGGAUCAUGCAAAAGAAUAUAAGAAAGCUCGACAAGAAAUCAAAAAGAAAUCGUCUGAUACAUUGAAGCUUCAGAAGAAGGCAAAGAAAGCUGAUGUUUUUGGAAAGGGAGACAUUCAACCCCAGCUGGACAGUGCUUUACAAGAUGUAAAUGAUAAAUACCUUCUACUUGAAGAGACAGAAAAACAAGCUGUUCGCAGAGCCCUCAUUGAAGAACGCAGUCGCUUUUGUGCUUUUGUUUCCAUGUUGCGACCUGUGGUUGAAGAAGAGAUGUCAAUGCUGGGAGAAGUAACCCAUUUGCAGACUAUUACAGAUGACUUGACUAACUUGACGAUGGAUCCUCACAAAUUGCCAACAGCCAGUGAGCAGGUAAUUAUUGACCUGAAGGGGUCUGAUUCUAACUGGACAUAUCAAACCCCUCCAUCUUCCCCAAGCACCACCAUGUCCAGGAAGUCCAGUGUCUGCAGCAGUCUGAACAGCGUUAACAGUAGUGACUCCAGGUCCAGUGGAUCCCACUCUCACUCGCCCACUUCACACUAUCGCUACCGCAGCUCCAACCAACCCCAGCAGGUUCCAAUGAGGCUGUCCAGUGUGUCAUCCCAUGAUUCUGGCUUCAUGUCUCAGGAUGCAUUCCAGUCUAAAUCCCCUUCCCCAAUGCCACCAGAAGGAACCAACCAGAAUUCAUCAAGCUCUGCCUCCUCUGAAGCAUCUGAAACGUGCCAAUCAGUGAGUGAGUGCAGUUCACCCACUUCCGUAAGCUCAGGUUCUACCAUGGGAGCCUGGGCAUCAACAGAAAAGUUGACAAAUGGGUUUGAUCACUUCAGUUCAUCUAGUGAACCAUACCUUGCCUCAGUUGGUACACGCUUUCUCCCACAUUUUCAGCCCUCUUCCCGACCCUGUUCCAGACCUUGUUCAGCUGCUCUCCCAGUUUAUCCUCAUUAUUAUACCAUUGGACCUGGCAUGUUUCCAUCAUCCAAAGUUCCUAGUUGGAAGGACUGGGCCAGACCAGGUCCUUAUGAUCAACCAGGAGUAAAUACCUUACCAAGACGUAAAGACUCAGAACAGCGGCGAGAUGCUGAAGCUAAGACUCCAGUAUCUAUUGGCCAGAAUAUACAAAUAGAGGAGGCUCAGAGAACUAGAAGUAUGACUGUCUCUACUGCAUCAAGGCAGGGAGAGGAGGCAGAAAGUCAUGAAGAACUGGCUUUGGCCCUCAGCAGAGGUCUACAGCUGGAUACUCAGAGGAGCAGUAGAGAUUCUUUGCAAUGCUCCAGUGGAUACAGUACACAGACAACCACACCGUGCUGUUCUGAGGACACAAUCCCUUCACAAGUUUCAGAUUACGACUACUUCUCAGUUAGUGGUGAUCAAGAUAUUGAACAGACAGAGUUUGACAAGUCCUCCACAAUUCCACGAAAUAGUGAUAUAAGCCAGUCCUAUCGUCGAAUGUUCCAGGCAAAACGCCCUGCUUCUACAGCAGGCUUACCAACCAACAGUGGGCCAGUAAUGAUGACGCCAGGAGUUGCCACAAUCAGGCGGACACCUUCAACCAAACCAUCAGUCCGAAGAGGAACUAUAGGAGGAGGCCCAAUACCAAUUAAGACUCCGGUGAUUCCUGUUAAAACACCAACUGUGCCUGAUGUAGGUAGUAUAUCAGGUGUGCAGCCUGGACCAGAGGAAUGUCCAGAGCAGGGUUCUGAAGAUGCAGAAAUCUUGCAGAUCUCUCCAAAGAGAAGCAAUAUACCAUCAUCUGGUUGCCCACUGACACCUGUCAUCCCUCCUAUGCCAUCCCAAUCUCUUAGCCCCACAGAUGAAGAGAGGCAGUCUGUGAUGAGCCAGCAGAUAACUUCAGAAGUUGGAGCAUCCAGCCUGGGUACCACACUGGCAGUUGCAUCUGGGGAGCAGCUUUGUACCGAUUCAGCUUUGACCUUGCAAGAGUUGGAUAUGGCAAAUGAGCAUUCCACAGCUGAGGCUGCAGAGCCCCCUCAAGGUGAAGACAUGUUGAGCGCCAUCCGUCGUGGAGUAAAACUGAGAAAAACAACAACUAAUGAUCGUUCAGCCCCAAGGCUUUCAUAAAUGUAUAAAUUGUAGAGAUUAAAGUAGAUUCUCUGUCAACCGGAGCAAUCUAUUUUCUCAGAAUCUCAAAAACACACCACCGUGUAUUUUAUUUAAGGAGCUCAUGAGAGGGUAAACUGGUGGAAGAGAGAGAAAAGGCAGUGAGGUGUAGGCCAAAUAGUGGGGAUGGGGAAUUCUUACAAGUUGAUUACCUUUUUGGAUUUUAUGGUCUGUAAAUUUAAAAACUCUCUUCUGUUAUAGCUUUUUACUUUACCAGCUGCUUUUCUUCCCCUCCCUUCUGCCAAACCAGAAGGUGCCAAAUCAUAUCUGACAUGCUAUGAAUUUCAUUGUAAUUUGCUAGAGCAUAACUUGUUCAGUUUUUUUUAUUCUGGAAUGAAACAUUUCAUUUAAAAGAAUAUCAUGUAAAGUUGAUUGUAACAGCAAAUUAAUGAAGAAUGCACCAAAUUAUAGGUGCAUAAAGAAAAAUUAAAGUUUUGACUUAGUGGGAUUUUAUUCAUAUUAUUUCUUUAUUUCUUUAGGAUAGAGCGAUAAGCAGCAUCAUUCAGUAUUAACCUUAGUUACUGUCUGAACAGUAAAUUGUGGAAAUUAUAACUACCAGCUAACAUAAUUUAAGCAAUACAGAACAAAUAGGAUAUAAUGAGUCAGUGUGAAUUUAAUGUUUAGUCAUAAAUUAGAGUGCCAUGACAGUGACCGCCCUUACAAAAUGGAUGUUUUUACACUGAUAGCUAGGCAUACUGCAGUUUUAUAGUGCUUAAUGUUGAUCCUAUUGAAAUGAACCUUAUCCAGUCACACAACUUAUAAUUACAUAUCCUGUUUUAGGCAUUGCUUUCAUUAAAUUUAACUGUCCACAGAAAUUAGUUUUUUGAAUGCUUGUGAUCAGAUGUCAUCUUUUCAAACCCAUCGUAGUUAGUGUACUUUAUUCAUCUUUCCCUUUUCCCUUCUAUUUUUCUAAUUUUAAAUAUGACUUUUAGGCUAACACAAUGGAAAGUAUGUGAAAUCAAGUAGUAACACAUAUUUUUAAAAGUCAAAGGUAGCAGGGAGUUCUCUAGGUAACAAUGCCUUUUUCUCAAAUUUUCUUCU